UGGUGGUGGUCAAUUGCCUUCGCAUUUGCAUCAGUUCGAUUUGGGGGGAGGAGAAGGAGUUGGGCGAUCCAAUCAUGAGGGAGUGAGAUCGAGCGAUUGAUUAGGGGAAGGAAGGAAGGAGAGUGGAUUUCGAUUUUGUGGCCUCGAUUUUGACUUGAGAAGGCAAGAAUUCGGUCGAGAAAUUUGGGGAGAAUUUUGUGUUGGGGGAUUGUUGCCAAGAAUGGGUUGUUCUUCAGCCACUGAAAUGUUAUCUUGAUAUAUCUUUUGUUUGUAUGGGAUUUUAGUGGGGUGUGGAUUUUGACGGUCGAACCGAGCUUAGGUGAUUUUUGCGGGUGGAGUUUUUUAAGUUUUUGGAUUUCCUGUUUCGCAUCUGACGGUUCGGCUGUUCGAUUGGUUGGUUUUGAAUCGGAUUUUGGAAAUUUUUGGACGAAUUUGGGCGGAAAGGGAGUGUUUUUGUGAGGGCUUUUGGUCAGUUUGAGUGAACUUUCCUAAUUGGAGCCGGAUUUUGUGGCCGUAGAGCUGCCUUUGAAAAGGCGACGCCUUUACUUUGCUCCUCUAGUCUAGUGAUUGUGCCAAAGAUAAAAAAAAAGUAAUCUUCGUUUUGAUGAUCCAAUUUGUGAGAAGAUUUUGAGGAUUUUUUUUUCGAGGUGGUUUUGUUUGCCUCUAGUGUUUAUUUCUUUCCUCUCUCUUUCACUUGGCAGAUCCAAGAAACACCGAAAUUUUGCUUGAUUUUGCCGCGGAUUUUUUACUUUUUUAAUCUGAUCUGAUCCGAGAGAAUCCAAAGAAUUUUUUGAUCCAAGAAAAAGAGAAGAGAAGGGAAUUUCUUGCUGUGUGCGGGCGCCAUGGCCAUGGGGCUGAACCGAUUCACCCAAUGGCUGUGGCCGGCGAGCACGGCGCGCGCGGCGGCGGCGGCGGCGACGACGCACGAGCUCCCCACCACCGCCGCCGGCCUGACGAGCGCCUCCUUCCCGGACUUCCCUUCCGGGUUCCGGGAGCCGGACACCGUCACGUUCGCGGCGACCACGCGCCGCCGCGGCGGCCGCCGCAGCCGCCGCGAGGAGGACAGAGUGGACAGGGAGUUCGACAUGGUGAUCGUGGCGUCGGACGACGGCGGCGGCGGCGGGUGGCUGUCCGGGUCGGAGUCGGACGACUCCGACUGGGCCAUCGGGUGGCAGGAGAAGCUCUCGCCGGAGCUGCAGACCGACGGCGACCCCGACGGCUGCUUCGCCGUCCUCGUCCGGUGCUACCGCCACGGCCAGCCCGAGCCGGCGGGGAGGCCCGACGGCGGCGCCCACUUCCUCGCCACCGCCGCCUCCCUCGCCAACGGCGGCGGCCUCUCCGAUGGGAGGAAUUUUGUGUAACCGUGGUUUUCUUCUCGUCAGAACUCAGAUCUCCUAGCUACGCUGUAUAAUAUUAGUAUUGUCCCGUUUUGUUCUACUACGUUUUUUGAAGACGCAGAACUAUAUCGAUGAAGGAAGACAUGGAAACCCAAAAAAAGAUGUAUAAAAAGAAAACAGCAACAAAAAAAAGAGAGAGAGUAGCAGUGGGAUUUUGAAGCAGCGCUGAAUGUGGGUAUGUCCUUCCUGAGGUUUCAAGGCUAUUGUACCUUUGCAAAGCAAGGCAUAAUGCUGAUCAACACGAAUCGCGCGCGUCAUAGAGGAAACCUAUUCCCUUCUUGAUAAUGUGCUAACCUAUGAUAACAUGUAGAGAUGAAUUGCUAUUCCAUUGUUAAUUUGUCCCACUUGCUUUUGGAUUAUUGGACCUCGGCUCCUGCUAGUACCGGGCAUUGCAGUCUGUAAAUAUUCUCUGCAAAAACUGCAAAUGCACAAUUCUUCAGCGUGUGUACGUGUGUGUGUGUGUAUUUCUGUACAUUGGAACAGAAUCGAUCCUUGUAAAUUUUGCUGUAUAUAAACUUUUUUUUUUUGCCCAAGUGGAACUGGUUUUUGCUGCCCAUUUCAGAUGCUCUGCUACAUAUUAGUUUUGUCAGUUGUAUCAUUCAGGUUUCUUGAACUGAAAGAAUGCUAUGCUGAUGGUUUA